AUGAAGCAAGUACAUGUGCGAGUGCACUGCUCCAAUGAAGAACCGGCACGGCGCUUGUCCCUCCAUGACCCGGAAGGAAGCACUGUCUUCGUGACUGUGCAGCGCAAGUUAAUCUUGGCGUGGUGCGUUGUCGGCUUGGUUCCACUCAUCCUUCAAGCGCGGAGCUUCCUGAAAUUCGUGACCCCACAUAAGAUCAUGGAUAGUCUCGUGGUGCCGGCAGACGCAGAGGCACAGACAGCAAACAUGACGGAGCUGUGUCCAGCGCUGGGUCUUCAGAUGUCCCAGGUGUGGUGGAAUAUCGAGACGACGCAUUAUCACGAGGUGGAGCAGGGGCGACUGUGCCACUUGGUUUCGCCACAGUUCAAUUCCCACGGCACCUACCUCAUUGGAUCCGAGAGAACGGAGGCGUAUUACUCCGUACCCGAGAGCUGCGCGAAUGACAGCUAUCCGUUGAGUAUGUACUUUUACCACGGUACAAUUGGAUUCUACUCAUUCUUCGAAGAGGUCGAAGGCACGUACUGCACCAAAGAUCAUACAAUGUACGGGCUUAUUGACCAACUCGGCACCUACGAUAUCAACGGCUCCCUACUCGCUAAGGACGCAGGAAGCCUCGCCAAAAGAUGGUCAGCUUGGUACGCUACCGUGGGGUUGGUGUGGAUUAUCUAUCGAUUCUGUGUCAUCCGCCGAAGCUUCAUCGCUUGUAUUCGCUAUGGCCGCAAGUGUGAUCAGUUGGGUGAAAAUCUUAAUCGAAGAGCGGUGAUGGUGUUUGUCCACGAGAAUUUGCGACUGUCGGCGCACGGAGCGGCGAAUUUCCAUCGAAUGGUUAUCCUGUAUCUGCUGAUUGAGGGGAUUAUGAGCGAUCUGUUUCUUCUCGUUGCCACUGAAGGGAUCUUUUCCUGGUUCCAGUACAUUUCGUUCGGGUACAACCUAUCGGGUGUGGUGUUGCUGUGCUUUGAGUUGAUUGAUAACAUGGGGCGGCUGCAGGAAAGCGCCCGGCUUGCCAUUAAGCGGCUAUUCUUCAGCUACGAGUCCGCCUUCGUCGGCGAGCUCCUGGGUGCCAUCGGCCAGCCUUACUUCCUCACAUCGCUCUGUCGCUCGGAUCUGAAGAAGACAGGAGCAACAGCCCGUGCUGUUUCUUACUACUUUUGGGGCUUAGUGGGUCACGCCAUCGUCGUCCUUACCAUCAUCGGCUUCAUCCUGCUCGUCCGAGCCCUCCGUGCUGUGUCAUUCAUGCGAUGGAAGUUUGGGCAUGUCCGCGCCAUUUUGAUGACGCCAUGCAGCGUCGACACAACUUUCGCCAUGCGCAACAAGAUGAUGAUGCUGAAUGGGUACUGCUGGGACAGCGGAAAACUGUGUUACAAGCCUGAGGCGCUUAAAGCAUUUGGAUUACUGAAAAUGGAGGAAGAGGACGGCUCGGAGUGCAUUGUCUUGCGCAAACUGAACUGGUUCAAAGUGCCGGCGGUCGAUUUGGUCGUAAUCGGGAGCGUGUCGGGGCAGCGCGUGGAGCCAUGCGAGGAACGGCCGUGUACUGGCGUGGUGAGCUUCUUCGAUCGCAGCUUAGGCGGCCCUCUAGACCAAAGCAUCAUGCGCUCCAUCCUUGUGAGACACAGGAGUUCGCUGUCGUUGAAGGGUCUCCAGAGCGUCACUAGAAGUAUACGUGAAGGUAGAGCAAGCUUCGCACGGUAA